AAAUACUGCAACACUGUUGUCCAUGGAAGUGAAAAUAUUUCUGUUAGUGUGUAGGCCAACGCUGGGUAGAGAUGGAUAAAACUUUUCUGAUUGGAUACAGAAACAUGAAUCUAAGGAUCAGAAUUAAAAUGUCCCCAAGAUUAACACUGAGGUAUUUGACUGAGGUAUUUGAAGUUGUUUUGGAGGCAAGGACGGGUGUGUGUAAGUAUGAAAAGCGUUUCCUCAGAGGCUACUUGGCAGUUUCUACUCCAUGCUAAUGAAAACAAGGUCUUUAAGUUCACCUCCCAGUGGACUAUCCGGUUCUUCAUCGCGCCCUGCGGGAAGCCCAAUCCCAGAAAAGGAAACACUAGUUGUAGAAGAGCUGGGUGCUAGGCAAGGGCUGAGGCUAGAGGCAGGGAGCCUGGGAUGGAGAGGUGGGCGUGGCCGCGGGUACCACGCAGUGGAGUUUGGGCACUGUCUGGUUGGAGGGAUAGAGAUCAGGGGAGGUAUUUGCUCGGGAGAGCGACUACAUUAGGGUCGAUUUUUAGGCCCACCACUCUUCCUGGAGCGUUGAAGGAGAAGAAGCGGGAAGAAUCAGCGAGAGGAGGGACGGGCUGUGGCUAUCCAAGAAUCUCCCGGUAAUUCUGCCGCCGAGCCUGGAACCGCGCGCCAGGCGAGCUGGAAACAAACAUCACAUCUAAACUAAAAAAAAAAAGCGGAAGAAGCGGCCGAGGAGGCGGCGGCGGGAGGAGGAGAGGAGGAGGGGCCGCGCGGCGGCCCGAGGCGGCAGCGGGGACGCGGGGACGCGGCUUUGUGCUGACGGGCCGCGGGGCGCCCAUGGCGGAGUGCGGCCGGGGGGGCGCCUCUGGCGGGGCCCUGCCCACCUCCCCGGGCCCGGCCCUCGGCGCCAGGGGCGCCCUGAAAGCUGGAGCCGGCGAAGGCGGCGGCGGCGGCGGCGGCGGCGGCGGCGGGGGAGGUCGCCUCGGCCACGGGCGGGCGCGCUAUGACAGCGGCGGGGUUUCCAACGGGGACUGCAGCCUCGGCGCGUCCGGAGACGAAGCGCGGGCCAGCCCCGCCAGGGGCCCCCGCGGCGCUGCGCUCGCCCAGUCCCCCAGCCCGGCCGCCUGCCCCCUUCUCCGGGAGAGCAAACCCGGCGGCCUGCCCCGCAGGAGCAGCAUCAUCAAGGAUGGUACAAAACAGAAGCGAGAACGGAAAAAGACUGUCUCAUUCAGCAGCAUGCCAACGGAGAAGAAGGUCAGCAGUGCAAGCGACUGCAUCAGCUCCAUGGUUGAGGGCUCAGAACUCAAAAAGGUUCGCUCCAACUCUAGAAUUUACCAUAGGUAUUUUUUACUGGAUGCCGACAUGCAAAGCCUGAGGUGGGAACCGUCUAAGAAGGAUUCUGAGAAAGCCAAGAUUGAUAUUAAAUCCAUCAAGGAAGUGAGAACAGGAAAAAACACAGACAUAUUCCGCAGCAAUGGCAUUUCUGACCAGAUAUCUGAAGACUGUGCAUUUUCAGUCAUAUAUGGAGAGAAUUAUGAGUCACUUGAUUUGGUGGCCAACUCUGCAGAUGUUGCAAACAUCUGGGUCACGGGACUGCGGUACCUAAUUUCUUAUGGAAAACAUACACUUGAUAUGUUAGAAAGUAGCCAAGAUAACAUGAGGACUUCUUGGGUUUCCCAAAUGUUUAGUGGAAUUGAUGUAGAUAACCUUGGACAUAUAACUCUGUGCAAUGCUGUGCAGUGUAUCAGAAACCUCAAUCCCGGUUUAAAAACUAGUAAAAUUGAGCUUAAGUUCAAAGAAUUGCACAAAUCCAAGGAAAAGGCUGGUACAGAAGUCACCAAGGAAGAAUUUGUUGAGGUUUUCCAUGAGCUUUGUACCAGACCUGAAAUUUAUUUCCUCUUAGUUCAGUUUUCAAGCAAUAAAGAAUUCCUCGAUACCAAGGACCUUAUGAUGUUUCUUGAGGCUGAGCAGGGUGUGGCACAUAUAAAGGAGGAAAUAAGUCUUGAAAUCAUUCACAAAUAUGAGCCAUCCAAAGAGGGUCAGGAGAAGGGCUGGCUCUCCAUAGACGGGUUCACUAAUUAUCUCAUGUCACCUGACUGUUACAUAUUUGACCCUGAACAUAAGAAGGUCUGUCAGGAUAUGAAGCAACCUUUGUCUCACUACUUUAUAAACUCAUCUCAUAAUACAUACUUAAUAGAGGAUCAGUUCCGAGGCCCCUCUGAUAUCACAGGAUACAUUCGAGCCCUUAAGAUGGGUUGCCGGAGUGUUGAGUUAGAUGUAUGGGAUGGGCCAGAUAAUGAGCCUGUUAUUUACACGGGCCACACCAUGACCUCUCAGAUAGUCUUCCGCAGUGUCAUCGAUAUCAUUAACAAGUAUGCAUUCUUUGCUUCAGAGUAUCCUCUUAUCUUGUGUUUAGAAAAUCACUGUUCUGUUAAACAACAGAAGGUGAUGGUUCAACACAUGAAGAAAAUUUUAGGAGACAAGCUCUAUACAACAUCACCCAAUGCUGAGGAAUCGUAUCUACCAUCCCCAGAUGUCCUGAGAGGGAAGAUACUAAUUAAAGCAAAGAAGCUGUCCUCCAGUUGCUCUGGAGUAGAAGGCGAUGUUACAGAUGAAGACGAAGGAGCAGAAAUGUCCCAGAGGAUGGGCAAGGAGAAUACGGAGCUGCCCCACAGUGUGCCUGUGAAACGGUUUCAGCUCUGCAAAGAGCUGUCUGAGCUGGUGAGCAUCUGUAAGUCAGUUCAGUUCAAAGAAUUUCAGGUGUCAUUUCAGAUUCAGAAAUACUGGGAAGUCUGUUCAUUUAAUGAAGUGCUUGCCAGCAAAUACGCCAAUGAGAAUCCAGGGGACUUUGUAAACUACAACAAACGCUUUCUUGCCAGGGUUUUCCCCAGCCCAAUGAGGAUCGACUCCAGUAACAUGAACCCUCAAGAUUUUUGGAAAUGUGGCUGUCAGAUCGUGGCCAUGAACUUUCAGACCCCAGGAUUGAUGAUGGACCUGAAUAUUGGCUGGUUUAGGCAGAACGGGAACUGCGGCUAUGUCCUUCGGCCGGCCAUCAUGAGGGAGGAAGUUUCUUUCUUCAGCGCCAAUACAAAAGACUCUGUCCCAGGAGUGUCACCUCAGCUUCUUCACAUUAAAAUCAUCAGCGGCCAGAACUUCCCCAAACCCAAAGGAUCUGGUGCCAAAGGUGACGUGGUGGAUCCUUACGUCUAUGUUGAGAUUCACGGAAUCCCUGCUGACUGUGCAGAACAAAGGACAAAAACAGUGCACCAGAACGGAGAUGCUCCUAUUUUUGAUGAAAGCUUUGAAUUUCAAAUCAACCUACCUGAACUGGCCAUGGUGCGCUUUGUAGUGCUCGAUGAUGACUACAUUGGAGAUGAGUUUAUUGGCCAGUACACGAUUCCCUUUGAAUGUUUACAGACGGGCUACCGCCACGUGCCCCUGCAGUCACUGACGGGAGAGGUCCUCGCGCACGCCUCUUUGUUUGUGCAUGUGGCUAUUACUAACCGAAGAGGAGGAGGGAAACCUCAUAAAAGGGGCCUUUCUGUGAGAAAAGGGAAGAAAUCCAGGGAAUAUGCAUCUUUGAGGACAUUGUGGAUUAAAACUGUAGAUGAGGUAUUCAAGAACGCCCAGCCCCCCAUACGGGAUGCUACAGACCUGCGAGAGAACAUGCAGAAUGCAGUGGUGUCGUUCAAGGAACUGUGCGGCCUCUCCUCCGUGGCCAAUCUCAUGCAGUGCAUGCUGGCAGUGUCUCCCCGCUUUCUGGGGCCUGAUAACACACCCCUGGUGGUCCUGAAUCUCAGCGAGCAGUAUCCCACGAUGGAGUUGCAGGGAAUUGUGCCAGAGGUGCUGAAGAAGAUUGUGACAACCUAUGACAUGAUGAUCCAGUCCCUCAAGGCCUUGAUUGAAAAUGCAGACGCUGUGUAUGAAAAGAUUGUACAUUGUCAGAAGGCAGCCAUGGAGUUCCAUGAACACCUGCACAGCAUCGGCACCAAGGAAGGUUUGAAGGAGCGGAAACUGCAGAAGGCAGUGGAGAGCUUUACCUGGAACAUUACCAUCUUAAAGGGACAAGCAGAUCUUUUGAAAUACGCUAAGAAUGAGACUUUGGAGAACCUGAAACAAAUCCAUUAUGCUGCUGUUUCAUGCGGGCUGAAUAAGCCAGGCACAGAAAAUGCCGAUAUUCAGAAGCCACGCCGGAGCCUGGAAGUCAUACCUGAAAAAGCCAACGAUGAAACUGGAGAAUGAAGGAACUUUGUAGAAAUCACUAUGGAGUUUAUAACUCUAGGACCAAUUGUAGUCGAAUGGGAUAUUUGCUUUGCACUCACUAAUGAAAAUAAUAUUGGGGAUUUUAAAGCACAACUGGAAUAGCUAAUUACAGUCUAUUAAAACUGUGAAUGUAUGUAGCAAUCCUGCGUGUGAAGGCAAAUAAACUCUUUAACAAGAAAUUAUAUUCCUGACCAAAAUAUGCUAUAUUUGUACACAAAGACAUGAUAACUCAGUUCCAAUGUAAAUAACAGACUAGUUACUCUAGUUCCAUUGAGAAAAAACAUUUUCCUUACUGAAAACAAUCUCUUAAGAUGGAAAUGGAGUGUAUUGUGAAAUCAGUAUUUAUUGGAGAAAAACCUAGUCUACAACUUUUACUUAUUGUGACUGCCAGAGUCUCCAGGUCAGAGAUGAUUUUGGUGGCAUGCCUGCUGAGCCAUAAUUACUAAGGAGAAUGUAAGCGGACAGUUCCCUGAAUCCCCAGGACCACGGAGCCAUUACGUACAAGGAAACUCACAACCGGACUGAAGCUCCCAGCUGGAGACAUGCUGGGGACAUACACGAUGUAUGAGCAGCCAACCUGGAAGCGACACAUUGUAAAUAGUUUUUCAUUGUAUGAAGUAGUGUUCACAUUAAAGAGAUGUUUUAUGAUAUU